UCUUAUUUCGAAUGGAAUUACUAAAUAGAACAAACUGCUGAGUUGGUGAAUCUUCUCAGACCUUUGAACAAGAGAUUGCAGAAAUUAUUUGUCAAUCAUCAAUGACAUUAUACAACCUUGUUAAUGCCUCAAAAGCUAACAAAAUGAUUGAUGCGAGCAGAGAUGCAGGGCUUUCUUCAAAUUUUGGAGCAAAUGAUGCACAAAAAUCGGAGAAAUUGACACUGAAGGGUACUCAAAUAACCGAGAAUCCGCUUUUACGGAGUAAUGGUCAGAAUUUUCAGAACUCUACCUCUCCAAAUUUCAACAUGAAAGAAACGAUUUCUGGGAAGAUCAUUAACCCAAAAGCUUCCAACUCAGACAACUUAACCAACAAGAAUAACUUGUCUGUGACGUACAAAGAAUCCACCAAUACAACUGGUGAGAACAUUGUUAAUAACCAACAGAAAGUGUUUAAGUCUAUCAAAGAUAUCGACCAGUUGCCCUUUGAAGACAACAGCUUUGAUGCUUACAUAUCUAAUCUGACCUUCCAAUCCAACCCAAACUACCUGAAUGCUCUGUGAGAGUCUUACAGGGUGCUCUCGAAAGGAGGCCGGACUGCCUUCUCGAUCUGGGGCAGAGAGGAAAACUGUGCCUUCCUCACAUUUCUCCCAAGCAUUUUGGAAUCCCAUGGUGUCAUUGUUGCUCCAGAGAAUGAUAUCGAUUUCGAUCUCAUCUCAAUCGACCAAGUCAUUGAGGAUGCUAGAGACAUUGGGUUCCGGACAGUCAAGAAAAUUCACAUCCCUUUCUACUAUUUCAUAAUGGAUGCUGAAGAGAUGUGGGAGUUUCUUGAAAAUAGCUGUCAUCGGAAACAACUCUCCGAACUCGACGAAGAGACUCUCCGAGCAGUAAAGGAAGACUUCUUUCUAGAGUUCGACAAUCGCUUCGGUGACCAGACCGAUGAGAUGAUUGGCUUCGAGGUCACUUUUAUCCUCGCAGUGAAAUAAUCUGCAUUAAAUAAUUUCUUUUUAAAAUAUUUAACUAUUGGCUAA